AUGUCUGCGACUAUAUCUACAAAGCAAGUCCGGGUCAUUUCACAACAUCCGCUGCAAUGUGCAAGUGAAACAGCUGUUUCCGUACUGGAGUCACCAUUUAAACUAGGACCCCUAGAUCAUAUGGUCUUACCAUUCGUGCCUGUGGAUGCUGUCUUUGCUUACAGGAAGCCCAUAUCAGAUGCGAACGCAGACGAUAAUGCUCUGAUCGAAGUUGGCCGUCUCCUAAGAGCGCUUGCUCUUGUGUUGGAUUACUACCCACAUCUAACAGGCCGUCUGCACUUCGACCCUAGGAGCCAUCGCCCCAAGAUUGUCAGUCUUGGUUUGGGAGCAGAGCUGCUUGAAGCGCGAUGUAGCCUACGACUAGAUGACAUCAAGAGUAAUUCAAACCGCCUUCUCCUCACUGACUUGCCCGAUUCUGGAAAUGCUCUACUGCCGCCCUUCGACUCGAUGAUAGAGGGUGUAUGUCGAGAUCCGAUCUUGGCCAUACAACAUACCCGCUUCGCCUGUGGGAGUGUCGCCCUCGGUAUCCGUAUACAUCAUAUUGCCUGUGAUGCCUGUGGAUUCUUUCAAUUUGCACGCGACUUGGCACAGCUUUAUCGUGCUCUUGGGCCUUCCGAGCGAGGUGGGAAUGUUGCAGGGACACCUAUCCUUUCUCCGCCACCAGAGAUCCGCUCCUAUCUGCGAGAUCCAGGUUCCAUGACAUCGGAAGAGCGCGAAUCUGCACUCCAAUCAAACCAAUCAGCAUACUACCUAGUUGAUGAUCCCGGCACAAGCUCCAAUACUGAGCCCUCCACUGCAGCAAACAAACCAGCACCACCUCCAGUCCUCGGCCGGGUUCUACGAUUCUCCAGUCAGAAGCUCCAAGAACUCAAAGCGCGAGCAACAGAUCCCAAUGGACAGGGCUGGAUAUCAACCAAUGACGCCCUAGUCGCCUACCUAUACCAACUCACGUAUCGUGCCCGACUCCAGCACCUAAUCGCACAAGGAGUACCCGAAACCACCGCAUUCAACCAACUCUCCACCGGUAUCUUCUCUUCCAUCGACAUGCGCGGUCCAACCCGUCUCAACCUCCCACCCAGAUACUUCCCCAACUGCGUAUACGGCGCAUACAUGUACCUCCAGCCCCAGACUCUGGCCCACGGGCCCCUUUGGAGAGUCGCAAAAGCCUUCCACGACAUGUCACAUGGCGUAACACCAGAGCAAAUGAAACAAAACACACAAUGGCUUGCAAUCCAGCCAGACAAGAGUCGAAUUAGAAUGAACUUCGAUUUCAACGGCAGCUUCACCACCUCGCAGUGGUCCAAAUUUGACAUGUACGUCGGGACCGACUUCGAUGUGGAUCAGCAUGGCAAUGCAAUCCCGCCGGUUGUUGUUUCUCGGCCGUUCACGGAUAUCUCUCGGGUGGAUGGUCUGGCUAUGGUCAUGGCUUCCGAGGAGCAGGUUUACACUAGCCCAUCGAGUAAGGGUCAAUGUGCUGUUUAUGUGAACUAUACGUUGAGUGAGCCGGUAUGGGCUUAUUUGGAUCAGGAUGUGGAGUUUGAGGAGAUAUGUUGUUCCUAA